UCUUUCUCUUUCUCUCUUGAUUGCUCUCUAAAAAUUGUCUGGCUUUUUGGUAACAGCUUCUUCUCAUUCAUUCUUGUAUCCCAAACUAUUUCAUUUGGUUUCUGCUUGCACUGAAAUGAUGUUCUACAAACUCUGGCUUGUGAAGUUUCCCUUGAUGCCAGUUCACUGAGGCUAGUUAAACCAACUCCUUGUUUGUCAGUCUGUAAUUCGUCUGUGGUCAUAUAAUCCAAGUUCUUCAAGGUGAUAAUCUAUAGCAAACUAAAUAUUGCUGCAGGCAACAUGGCCAAAAAAAAUACAAACAACCAACAACAUUCAAACAAGACAAAAGGGAAACAGGAAAGCACUAAUACAGUACCAUACUACAAACUUUUCUCCUUUGCUGACCACCUGGAUUAUCUAUUAAUGUUUGUUGGCACAAUUGGUGCUGUUGGUAAUGGUUUCUCUAUACCUCUCAUGACCAUGGUCUUUGGAGAUAUUCUUGAUUCUUUUGGAAGAACUGUGAAUACCAAGGAUAUAGUUCAUGUGGUUUCUGAGGGGACCCUAAAGUUUUUAUACAUGGCUGUGGCAUCCAGUGCUGCAUCAUUUUUCCAGAUGGCUUGUUGGAUGGUAACAGGGGAGAGACAGGCUGCACGAAUAAGAAGUUUAUACUUAAAAACGAUUUUAAGGCAAGAUAUUGCCUUCUUCGAUAAGGAAGCUAGCACUGGAGAAAUAAUUGGGAGGAUGUCAGGAGACACUGUUCUUAUUCAAAAUGCCUUAGGUGAGAAGGUUGGAACUUUUGUACAGUUGGUAGCAACAUUCAUAGGAGGCUUUGUUGUAGCAUUCAUCAAGGGAUGGCUUCUCACUUCAGUCAUGCUAUCUACAAUUCCACCUCUUGUCAUCUCUGGUUACUUCAUGAGCAUAAUUAUACGAAAGAUGGCGUCCCGUGGGCAAGCUGCUUAUUCAGUGGCAGCAACAGUAGUAGAGCAGACAUUUGGUUCAAUCAGAACUGUUGCAUCAUAUACAGGGGAAAAGCAAGCUAUAGCUAAAUACAACAAGUUCUUAACCACAGCUUACAAGUCUGGUGUCCAAGAAGGCUUGGCUGCUGGGUUGAGUAAUGGUGCAGUUACGUUUUUUAAAUACUGCAGUUAUGCUUUGGCAGUAUGGUAUGGUGGGAAAAUGAUAGUUGACAAAGGAUAUACUGGAGGGGAUGUCAUUGUUAUAUUGAUUUCUGUUUUGAUUGGCUCCGUGAAUCUGGGGCAGGCAUCUCCAUGCAUGAGUGCUUUUGCUGCUGGACAAGCUGCAGCAUUUAAAAUGUUUGAGACAAUUAAAAGGAAGCCACAGAUAGACGCUUAUGACAAUAGUGGCCUGAAGUUAGAUGAUAUUCAUGGAGAUAUAGAACUAAGGGAUGUUUGUUUCAGUUAUCCUGCAAGACCUGCAGAGCAUAUAUUCAAUGGAUUUUCUCUUUCAAUACCUGGUGGUACAACCACUGCUUUGGUUGGACAGAGUGGAAGUGGGAAAUCAACAGUUAUCAGUUUGAUUGAGAGAUUUUAUGAUCCGCAAGCUGGUGAAGUUCUUAUUGACAAGAUUAACCUCAGAGAGUUCCAACUAAAAUGGAUCAGACAGAAAAUUGGCCUCGUCAGCCAGGAACCUGUGUUGUUUACUUGUAGCAUUAAAGACAAUAUUGCCUAUGGGAAGGACAAUGCAACUACUGAAGAGAUAAGAGCUGCUGCUGAGCUUGCUAAUGCUGCUAAAUUCAUAGAUAAACUUCCUCAGGGACUAGACACAAUGGUUGGUGAGCAUGGAACUCAUCUAUCUGGGGGUCAAAAGCAGAGAGUUGCUAUAGCCAGAGCAAUUCUGAAAGACCCAAGAAUUCUACUUUUAGAUGAAGCCACAAGUGCUCUUGAUGCAGAAUCUGAGAGAAUUGUGCAGGAGGCUUUGGACAGAAUUAUGACAAAUCGGACAACCGUUAUUGUCGCCCAUCGCUUGAGUACAGUGAGGAAUGCUGAUACUAUUGCAGUGAUACAUCAAGGAAAAAUUGUUGAAAAAGGCUCACAUUCUGAACUAAUUAAGGACCCUGAAGGAGCUUAUAGCCAGCUUAUACAUUUGCAAGAUAUUAGCACAAUGUCGGAACAAAAUGCUCUAAAUGAUCAGGAAAUGCCAGAACUUCCUAGAAGAAAUUCAAGACACCACUCAUACUCAAAAUCUCUUGGAGUGGCUGAUGCAGUGAGUGUGCAGGAAACAGCACCUGCAGAAACCACUACUCCUGCUUCAGCACCAACCAAACUUCCUCCAGAAGUCUCACUUCAUCGCCUGGCUCAUCUUAACAAGCCAGAGAUCCCGGUUUUACUUCUAGGCACAAUAGCUGCUGUAGCCAAUGGAUUAAUUUUACCUGUUCACGGGAUACUAUUGUCCAACACAAUCAAAACUUUCUAUGAGCCAGAAGAUAAACUCUGUAAGGAUUCAAUAUUUUGGGCAUUAACUUUUAUUUUUCUUGGUGUGGCAUCUCUAUUGGCUCAACCAUCAAAGUCGUACUUAUUUGCUAUCGCUGGGUGUAAGUUAAUAAGAAGGAUUCGGUCAAAGUGCUUUGAGAAAGUAGUUUAUAUGGAAGUAAGUUGGUUUGAUGAAGCUAAGCACUCAAGUGGUGCACUCGGUGCAAGGCUCUCUGCAGAUGCAGCUUUUAUGCGAGGGGUGGUUGGAGAUGCACUUGCUUUGCUUGUUCAAAAUAUUGCAACUGCUACUGCAGGCAUGGUUAUUGCUUUCACAGCGAACUGGCUACUGGCUCUGAUAAUUUCUGUUUUGCUACCUCUCUUUGGAGUAAGGGUAUAUGUCGAAAUGAAGUUUAUGCAACGAUCCAGUGCAGAUGCAAAGAAAAUGUAUGAAGAAGCAAGUCAAGUUGCAAAUGAUGCAGUAGGGAGUAUAAGAACAAUUGCUUCUUUCUGUGCUGAAGAGAAGAUGAUGGAAUUGUACCAUAAGAAAUGCGAAGGCCCUAUUAGGACAGGAAAAAGGCAAGGGUUAAUCAGCGGGAUAGGUUUUGGGCUAUCGUUCUUCAUAAUGGGUUCAGUCUAUGCAUGCUGUUAUUAUGCUGGAGCCCAACUUGUUAAACAUGGCAAAGCAACAUUCUCUGAAGUUUUUCAGGUUUACUAUGCUCUCACCUUGGCAGCCUUUGGAAUUACUCAGUCAAGCUCCUUGGCCCCAGAUGCCAGUAAAGCAAAGAGUUCUGCUGCUUCUAUAUUUGCAAUUCUUGACAGGAAAUCAAAGAUAGAUUCUAGUGAUGCCUUUGGAAUGAAAAUAGAAAAUGUGAAGGGAGAGAUUGAGCUUCAACAUAUCAGCUUUAGGUAUCCCACUAGACCUGAUGUUCAAAUAUUCAGGGAUCUUUGCUUGGCUAUUCAUUCUGGCAAGACAGUUGCUCUGGUUGGGGAAAGUGGGAGUGGAAAAUCAACAGUGAUCUCAUUGUUGCAGAGGUUUUAUGAUCCUGAUGCAGGUCACAUCACACUAGAUGGUAUUGAAAUCCAAAAACUACAACUGAUGUGGUUAAGGCAACAAAUGGGUUUGGUGAGCCAGGAGCCUGUGUUAUUUAAUGACACCAUUCGAACCAACAUAGCUUAUGGUAAGGAGGGAAACGCUACUGAAGCAGAAAUUUUAACCGCAGCAGAAUUGGCAAAUGCACACAAAUUCAUUAGUAGUUUGGAAAAGGGGUAUGAUACAACAGUGGGUGAGCGAGGUAUCCAGUUGUCUGGAGGACAAAAGCAAAGAGUGGCUAUAGCACGAGCUAUAGUGAAGGCUCCCAAAAUACUACUAUUAGAUGAAGCCACUAGUGCUUUGGAUGUUGAGUCUGAGCGAGUGGUUCAAGAUGCAUUGGAUCGAUUAAUGGUUGAUCGAACCACCGUGGUGGUAGCUCAUCGUUUAUCCACAAUCAAGGGUGUAGAUUUAAUUGCUGUGGUGAAAGAUGGAGUUAUAGCCGAGAAAGGAAAGCAUGAAAUUUUAAUCAAUAUCAAGGAUGGUAUUUAUGCUAACUUGGUAGCAUUACAUACAAAAGCUUCAUCUUAACAACCUCUUGUUAAUUUGAAAAAAAGAAAAAAAGAAGCAAGCCUCUUGCACUCGUCUUUCCCCACAUGUUAAAAUAGUCUCUAAAAUUUCCCAUGAUUAGAAAUCUAUGUUGAGGAAGAUGGAUUUGAAUUUAUCCCCUGAUGGUAAUUUUAAUAAAGUGAGCUGAUUUUGUAACUUUCCUAACCGUUCAAGAACUAAC